CUGCAGCUGGAAGGCCGCCUCCUUGCGAUCCAUCUUCUGCUUCUCCUGGAGCUCCUUCAGCUCUGAGGACAGUCUCUGCGCUGCCGACUUGUGCAGUUUGGAGAACUCUUGCAGCCACUGCACCCUGAGCCCCUGUAACUGCCCCUGCCUGACGGCGAAGCGCACGGCCAGGGCCAGGCUGCUCCAGGCGCAGGCCUCCUUGGCCUCACUGGGCAGCUCACUAUCUUCCACGAUGGCCCUGAGCUUGUCUUCCACCUGCCUCCAGGACAGGGACAUAUUCUCGAGGUAGAAUUCAGGACCUUUCGUGUGCCUGGCCAUCUUGUCGUUGAUGAAGGCCACCACUUCGCCAUGUUUGAACCCACCAGAGGGGUCUUCGGGUUUCAAGGCCAUGAGGGCUGAGGGCUUUAGUGGCUUUGCUGGCCCUGUGGGGAUGGAUCAACCGGUUGUCCCCACCCGUCCCCCUAAGCCCCUCCAUCUCCUAGCCCUCCCCUCCCUCCUCCGACCCUCUUGAUGACCCCUCGAUGGGCUUGUCCUUCCAUAGGACACCUCCCACCAGUCCUCACCUCUCCAGCCAGCGGCCAGAGGAGGUCCAGACCUAAGACGCCCACCUACCAGACCCAAGGAGCAAGUGGGACAGGACUCUCUCGUUGCUUCGGCUUCUGCAAAAUGGCGCCUUGGGGCCAACCCUCGGGGCUUUUACUGUGGGACUGUUCCAACUACCGGAGACUGCGGGGGUGGGAGGGAGUGCGUGAGAAAUGCUCCUCCCCCUCCUACGGAUGUAAGAGGAUACGCCACAAGGUUGAAAGUCCUGGAAGACUGAUUUUCUGUCACCUCACAGCUUCCUGUGGUAGGGACCUGUCCUCUGUAUCUGAAACCAAUCAGUAUCUGACAGAUUUGGAAUUUGUAAAAAAUGCCCUGGAAGAUUCAGGAAUGAAGCUUCUAUGCGAAGGAUUAAAACAGCCAAAUUGUAUAUUACAGACAUUGAGGUUGUACCGGUGCCUUAUUUCUCCUGCUUCUUGUGGGGUGCUAGCAGCUGUUCUUAUCACCAAUCAGUGGCUUACAGAACUGGAAUUUAGUGAAACAAAACUGAAAGCUUCAGAUUUGAAAUUUCCCUGUGAAGGCUUAAAUGAUCCAAAUUGCAAAUUACAGAAGCUCAAGUAAAUUGGAGCUGUAUUGAUUUUGCAAGAAUAUUUUUAAAAUAUGCAACUUAAGAUGGUGUCAUGUGAUCAAAACUUGUUUCAAGGAGUCAUGGAGAGGAAGAAUAAAAGUGACAGUCCCUAAAAUCGUUCCUAUGUAACAAGCUUAGAAACAGAAUUUCAUUUUAAGUGGCAAUAUUAUCAGUGACAAUAAUAAUAACUCACACUUACUGAGCAAUUACUUUGUUCUAAGCUAAGCAUUGGGCUCAUGUGAUUAUGGAGGCUGGCAAGUCCAAAAUCUGCAGGGUAGGCUGGCAGGCUGGAGAGCCAGGGAAGACCCAAUGUUGCAGUUCAAGUCUGAAGGUUGUCUGCUGGCAGAAUUCCCUCUUCUGAGGAGGUUGUGUGCUAGCCUUCUCCCAGAAAACUAAGAGGCUGUUUGCAGGUAUCUUGCCUCUGUUCUCAUUUGCAACUCACACCUCACUGAGUUGGACCUGAGUGAAAAUCCCCUGGGGGACA